UCGUUAAACCUCAGAGAAGAAGAAAGAAUACGAACAAAGCCUUCACACAAUUACAAUGCUCCGAUUCAGUCUCCGCCGUCAAAUCUCCAAUUCAAACGGCAUUUAUCGCCGGAACAUACACAGCGGUCUCGAAGAUGCCGGUCCAAUGGCAUCUAAGCUCAAAUCCCGAUCCGUCGUACGGUUUAGCGGACCGGAUACGGUUAAAUUUCUCCAGGGAUUGUUGACCAACGAUGUACGAAGGUUCGGUGAAUCCGCCGGCGAGAAAAGCUCCACGGUUCCUACUCCUAAUAUGCCUUCCGUUUCCACGCCGCCUAUGUACGCGGCGCUGUUAACUCCCCAGGGAAGGUUUCUGUACGAUUUUUUCCUGUAUAGCCCGACGAGACCCGACGAAAAGCUCGAUCGAACCGGUUCCGGACCCGGGUCGGAUCCGGGUCGUGAUGGGUCUGUUGAGUUGUUUGCAGAUGUUGAUGUCUCUGUCCUCGAUGAGUUGCUUGAAACACUAAAGAAAUAUCGUUUGAGGUCCAAAGUUGAUAUUGAAAACGUUGCAGAGGAGUUCUCGUGUUGGCAGCGUUACGGUAGAAACCUUUCUGGAUCUUCGUCUGUUGGUUGGGGAGGUGGUGUUGAUCGUGCUGGUGAAUCUACAGCUAGUGGUAAUAAGUAUGGCUGGCAAUGGUACGAGGAUCCAAGGUUGGAUUGCUUAGGUUACAGAAGCAUCUUUCCUUCCGAUGCAACCCCGCCUUUGGUUGAGGCGGAUAAAGAAACAGAUGAAAGCAAUUACCUUUUGUGGAGGUUAGAGCAUGGAGUUGCUGAAGGAUCAUCUGAAAUACCUAAAGGUGAAGCGAUUCCGCUUGAGUAUAACUUCGUUGGUCUUAAUGCGAUAAGCUUUGACAAAGGCUGCUAUGUUGGACAAGAACUUAUAGCUCGUACUCACCACCGUGGUGUCAUCCGCAAACGCCUAGUCCCUUUACGAUUCAUUGAUAGCAAUGGGAAAGAGGUGAACCAGAAAAUAGCAUCUGGAGCUGAGGUGGUUGAAUCAGGAAGCGGCAAGAAAGUGGGGACGGUUUCAACGGCUUUGGGUAGCCGAGGAAUGGGAGUGAUGAGAGUAGAGGAAGCCUUUAGAGCAUCAGGUGAACUGUCCGUAAGCAGCGGGUCAGAGGAGGUGAAGGUGGAGGCGAUUAGACCGACGUGGUGGCCUGCUGAGUGGUUCCAACAGAAUCAGUCAGGGGUUGCCUCUGCCUAGUAACUACUUCUUUUGAGGUUAAAAGAAAAUAUUUGAACAAAAUCUUGUGGCUUUACAUAAUAUGUUUACAUCUACUAUUAGAUGCUCCGGUAACAAGAUUCCUGUUGUCGGUGUUUGUUUUUGUAGUUCUACAGAAUAAAGUUGAAUACUUUUACGGCGAGAAGCUGCCCUUUAAUGUUUCUGGCAGGCAGCAAGCAAGUUCGUACCUUUGUUUUUGUAUUACACUGUUUAACAAGUAAUAAAGGUUGGAACUUUCCGGCCA